UCCUCCUCUGCUCACCCAGUUCGUCUUCCUUUGCCUUCCCCUGUGCAGCUUAGGUUCAUCGCAUUCUCGAUUCUUCCGAGUCCAUGCUCCUCUGUUUCGUCACCACGAUCUCCACUUCGAUUGCCAAUCAGUCCGCGAUCCGUCGGCGAAUUCCACUUCCGUAAAGGUUCACGGUGUCCUGUUAUGUUAGGAACAGUAGCAGUACGAGUUAGAUGGAGAAUGGUUUCAAGGAGAACGAGGAAAAGCAAGCAUGGGCUGAUUCUUCUGAACACGAGGUUCAUGCUGGGAAACCUCCUCCAUUGACCUGCAACAUCAAGACAACUAUAGAGAGGUAUAAGAAGGCUAGCUCAGACAGUUCAAACAUGACUUCUAUCACAGAGAUCAAUGCUCAGCAUUAUCAACAAGAAUCAGCCAAGCUGAGGCAGCAGAUACAGAUGCUGCAGAACUCUAACAGGCAUUUGAUGGGAGAUUCUUUGAGUGCCCUUUCUGUGAAGGAACUGAAGCAGCUCGAGAACAGGCUCGAGCGCGGAAUCACCAGAAUUAGGUCCAAGAAGCAUGAAAUGCUGCUUGCUGAGAUUGAGUACUUGCAGAAAAAGGUACUUAAUCAUAUAUAUAUAUGUAUGAUUAAGCGUAUAUAUAUGUGUGUGUAUAUAUAUAUCCAAUGUCUCUUUUCUCUCUCUGUCUUAAUCUUGCAAAUGCUCCAUCACCAUCUCCAUUAUGGCAAGAGCUCGUUCAUAAUUUGUUUCACUGGAGAUUGAGAUGAAAAAUGAAAGUGUGUACCUUCGCACUAAGGUAUGUAAAAAGUCGUAUAUAUACAUAUGAGACUUCUACUAUACUCUCUCUCUCUCUCUCUAUAUAUAUAUAUAUGUAUGAAAUUCGCUUAAUGAUGCCAUGCAUACACCGGAAUUUGUUUUUUUUUAUAUGUUUUGGAAAAUCUAAUCAGACUUUUGCUUGAAUCACAACUGACAAACAGACCGCUGAGAUAAAGAGGAUGGAGCAGGCGAACAUGGUUCCGGGUCAGGAGAUGAAUGCGAUUCAGGUGUUGGCUUCCCGCAAUUUCUCCCCCCCCAAUAUGUUGGAGGGCGGGAAUUCCUACUCUCAUCCCGAUAAGAAAC